AUGAAGACGCCGGCGCACGCGAUGAUGGCCGCCGUCGUGCUCGUCGGACUCCUGGUGGCGACCGGGCAAUGUCGUCCAGAGGCAGCUGGGAGGACGAGGGCGCCGGCGCCGGUGGUGUCCGGGAACAAGACGGUGGCGAUGGAGGAGGGGAAGCUGUACAUAAAAUUCUGCAUACACCGCGAGUGCAAGCUGGACGACAAGCUCUACGAGGAGUGCGGCUGCUGCGCGUUCCUGUUCCCCUACCCCAAGUGCUUCAAGACGCAGCAAGAGUGCCAGGCCAAUUGCCCCGCCUGCCACCCCCACUGCCCCCCCGAGAGCCCAGCCCCAUCCCCACCGCCACCGCCAUCGCCAUCCCUACCGCCGCCACUCCCACCCCUCCCGCCACUCCCAUCCCUCCCACCGCCACCGCCACCGACCAUGGCAUGA